GUUGAGAAUCAAAACCUAAAAUUUACUACUUCUGAAUUAGAGCCUUGACAAAGAAAGGCAUUUGAAUUUUGAGCCCUCGCCUGUAUACACCCAAGAGGGUAAAAAAAAUGAAGGCUUGUCUGUGAUAAUCAGUAGUGAGAAUGGCGGCAUCGUCAUUGCAAGCAGGCGUACUGGCCACGAUACAAGAGUUGCGUCCUUCCUCACCGUUAUUCACCAAUGGAGCUUCACUCAGAAUUACCGGCAGGCUGCAAGAGUUCUCAGUUGAAACGGCAGUUGCAGUCAUAGCUGAUGAAGGGGCGACUUUUAGAAUUGAUACUCAAAAUUUAAGGGAUAUUAAUUUUCGAAUAGGAUCAUUGUAUCAAUUCAUUGGAGAGCUUUUUAUUCAACCAGAUUUACCUCCUGAUCAGGCGAUCUUGCAGGCAAGGGUGGGAAGAAAUGUGGAUGGCAUGGACAUUAACCUUUACCGCAAUUCAUUAGAGCUUCGCAGGCGAUUUGAGGAAAAAUAUAUCAGCACAAAUUCCAUCUGAAAGUGUUUCUUUGCUUGGAAAGCCAUUUUUUUGUGAAUGGAAGAUGUGCAAAUUGAGGAAUUUAUCAAGGAUUUUUCUGAACAAUUCAGCUUCUUUCUGAACCUGGACAAUUUGGUCUCUUUAUUAAUUCAUAUUUAAUGUGAUAUCUUACAUUGGUCUGCUUUAGUCUAUUUAGAUUGGAGGGCUCUAGAUACAGGCAAUGAUUUUGUUGGAACUUGGAUGCCAAAGUUACAUUUGAACCGUUUGUAUGAGGAAUUGGCUGGUAGCUUAGGGCUAUGCACUCAUCAACAUGAUCUGAAUGUGCAUAAUGAGUAUUGAAAAUUUCUUAUUUCUACUUGGGCGUCAAAUAAAAUGUUAACUUGUUAGAAGUUGGAACCCCAUCCACAAGAGAAGACUUGUGUAGUUAAUUUCCGCUGGAGUCCACAGGUUAAGAUGGUUCCAUUGUAACCCAGACUGGAAAUUGCUUUUUGGGUGACUUAAGACAGUGUCUUGGAGAAACUAUAAGCGACAGAAGUCAGCCAAAUGAUACAUCAUAGAAGCUGAGUGAGUGCAAAAUAAUCUUAUUGAAUUUGCUGAGACUGGAGCUGGUGGGAGAUAGGAGAGCUGGAGGCAGAAGGCCAGAUUGCAAUUUGGUACAAAUAUUUUUCAAAUUAAAAUCAAAAUUACAUGGAAUGGGAAUUCAAUUCAGGCAGAUUUUUGUUUCUAUUUGAACUUUAAGUGUACACCAACAUAUAGAUUAGGAAUCAGUGUCACAGAGCAAUCGUGAUAAAAUCAGAUACAAGUGAAGCAGCGGGGCCAGAAAUUGCAAUUUGGUGUGGAUAUAUAUUGGACAAAAAUGCUAAAACCAAAACUUUCAGAGUAUGGGAAAUCAUAUUACAUGCACAUUUGAGUUGGUAUUUAGACUAAAAUCUGUACUUCAUGAUCCAUAACUAUAAGGAUCCAGAAAAUGUUUCUUUCCAAACAAUCAUUUACUCCAUUAUAAGACACCUGAAACACAGUGUUUUGCAAGGUGACAAACCUCUAGGUAUUUUC